UCCAACAUUGGGCAUCUACAAGAGUAUAUGUAGUAGAUAUACAAUUACGAAUGUAAUCCGUUACUAGAACUUGUAAAAUACUUAUAUACCUUCGCAGGUGUGGUACACGUUAUGUCAUAACACGAGAUACUAAAUCUAGGCGAGUGAAAGUCGUUGGAGCAGCUCGAGAUUUUGAUCGAUAAAGACGUUUCCUUGUGCAAAACCCAAAGUUUUUAUCCAGUCUUAAAUCUGCUUUUGCAAAGGUGAUUUUUUCCGCGGGUCAACAUGCUCAGAUAUUUCAGCGUCUUACUUAUUUUCUCCGUCGAAUGUGUCAGACUGUCUUCCGGGUUUCCUGAUGGCGCCCCUGUCGAUGUGUGCGUCAAACCUAAACCUAACCGGCCUAAUCACAGCGGUGCUAAGCCUCAACCCGCAGAUACCAACCCCUACACUGUCACAGCUUCCGAUAGUUACUAUAGACCUGGAACUCAAAUAACAGUAACAAUCGCGGGUCGAGAGUACUUUAAGGGCUUCUUCAUCCAGGCUAGAGAUGCCAGGACAAACGAGUGGAUCGGAGACUGGAUCGAAACUCCAAACGCGAAGCGUCACCCAGAAUGUAGUUCAAUAACCCACGCUGACCCCAAACUAAAGCAGCAGGCAACCCUUCUGUGGCAAGCUCCGAAAAAUGCUGGUUCCGGACAGGUUUACUUCACGGGAACUGUUCUUCGGGACUACUCAACUUUUUGGUCUGAAAUCGUUGCCGAGGUAGCGUAAAGUAACAUAAAAAAUCGUCUUUAACGUGUUUUAGUAUUAGAUAUUGUAAGUAUGAUGUGUUCAAAUACAAUCCUUUAUUAUUAUACCUACCCAUACAUUUUGUAAUAAAUACACCAAUAAACAAA